CAUCUCUCUUGAGCCAUAGCAAAUCCAAUUCCUUUCUGUGUUCACUAAAUUAAGCCCAAGAAUUCAGGCAGGCCUUCCCAGGAGCUGACUGCACACAGUCAAUAAGAUGUAAGAUGUAAGAUGCCUGUUGGAUUUUGUACUUGUCAGUUUUCCUGGCUGUAUACUGCUUCUGUGCUUUUCCUGAAAAAGGAUUGAGUGGAAUGGGCCCCUACCAGGAAAUAGAAAAAAUUAGGUAACAGAAGCGCACUUGUUUUCAAAACUAAAAAGUUUGCUUUUGCAAACAAAACCUCACAUGGUUUGCUCUAUUCUUUAUAGGAGAAAUAAGUAGCUCUCUUUGGGCCUUACAUCUUCCCAGCGUUGUUGUCUUCUUUAGUGUCUUCAUGUGGUGGCUUUCUGCAUUUAAUGGGUGCCUGGGUGUAUCUUCACAGAGUAUUUGCAUCCAAAGAAUAACAGAUCUGUGAAUAAAGAGAUUGUCAGCUUUCCUUUAUUAGCUACAGAUACUCAUAAAGUUGUAGAUUUGUGGGAACCUGUAUUUUCCGUAUAAUGACUAGUCCUGUGUUUUUGUUCCAAAAUGAUGUGUGAGGUGAUGCCCACCAUCAGUGAAGAAGGCCCUUCAGGAGGAAGUGAAAACCAUGGAUCUGGCUGCCCUUCACAACCAGAUACAGAUUCCCAUUUUGAACAGCACAUGAUGUCCAUGCUAGAAGAAACAUACAUUGCUCAGAGCACACUGAUAGAGACUCAAGAAACAUUGGCGUUGACCCAGGGGAAAUUACUCGAGGUUGGUCAUGAGAGAGAUUCGUUGCAGAGACAACUCAAUACUGCGCUUCCACAGGAGUCUUCAACGCUUGCAAAAGAGCUCAACAUUUGCAGGGAACAGCUGCUUGAGAAGGAAAAAGAAAUUGCUGAACUGAAAGCAGAAAGGAACAACAUGAGGCUGCUCCUGGAACAUCUGGAGUUCCUUGUCUCCAGGCAUGAACGCUCUCUCGAAACGACUGUGAUGAAGCGGCAGGCGCGGUGUCCUGCAGGUGUGUCCACAGAGAUGGAAGUGCUAAAAGCACUGACAUCCUUAUUUGACCACCACAAGACCCUGGACGAAAAGGUGCGAGAGCAAUUACAUGUAGCACUGCAAAGGUGCAGCUUGCUGGAAGAGGAACUGGGCGCCACGCAGAAGGAGCUAAUGACUCUUAAAAAACAGAAUAAUGAGAAAAAAUCACCAAGAGAUGGAGUGCUUGACCAUGAACAAGAAGAAACACCAAGCACUAGUGGAAAGUUGCUAGCUUGCAGAGAAGAAGAACGAGAUGACAAGACAACGAUAAAAUGUGAAACUUCCCCUCUCUCCUCUCCGAAGUCCCUUCAGCUAGACAGGCUGCACACAGGGGCGUUGCAAAUAGUCAGCCACGAGGACAUCAGGGACAUGCAAAAAUCAAAAAGUGCCCAGGAUGGUCCUGUGAGCAAUCCCAGUAGCAGUGACAGCAGGCAGGACUCGCCCCACAAAGCCCCAAAGAAGAAGGGCAUCAAGUCCUCCAUUGGUCGUUUGUUUGGCAAAAAGGAAAAGGGUCGGCCUGGACAAACUGGCAAAGAAUCACCAGGACAAGAAACCUCAUCUCAGGAUGCGUUCCAACUUAGCAAAUUGGGAGGAAAGGCUGAAAAAAAUCGAAAAUUUCAAAAAAACUCAACAGGCUCCCAGGAAGGUCCUGUGAACAAUCCCAGUACCAGUGACAGCAGGCAGGACGCGCUCCACAAAGCCCCAAAGAAGAAGAGCAUCAAGUCCUCCACUGGUCGUUUGUUUGGCAAAAAGAAAAAGGGUCCACCUGGACAAACUGGCAAAGAAUCACCAAGACAAGGUGGGCCCGUUUUAGGCAGCUGUCCUAACUGCUGGGAUUGGGAGAGCAUGAGCUUUUUCCUAUGUACCUGCCACAGGUGUCCAGUGCCCACAAGGAAUCAUAUUUGGGGGCUUUUCUUCUCUUUUGUAGCCGUUGUUUCUGAAACGGAAAACUCAUCUCAGGAUGCCUUCCAACUUAGCAAAUUGGGAGGAAAGGAUGAAAAAAAUCAUCAACUUCAAAAAAAGCCUGAGUUGCUGGAGGAAGCCCAGAGGCAAGGCUUACCAUUUUCACAGUGGGACGGGCCAACCGUGGUUGAAUGGCUGGAGCUCUGGGUUGGGAUGCCUGCUUGCUAUGUGGCUGCCUGCAGAGCAAAUGUGAAAAGUGGGGCCAUCAUGUCAGCUCUGUCAGACAGACAGAUCCAGCAAGAGAUUGGCAUCAGCCACCCUCUGCACAGACUGAAGCUGCGGCUGGCCAUCCAGGAAACCCUGUGGCUCACCAGCCCUUCGGCUCCACCCACAUUGAAAAAGACCACAGGAAAUGUCUGGUUAACACAUGAAGAGAUGGAAACACUCGCAGCCACAUCUCAGAUGGAAGAUGAGGAGGGAAGCUGGAUUCAGACACUUGCAUAUGGGGACAUGGACCACGAGUGGAUUGGCAAUGAGUGGCUGCCCAGCCUGGGCCUACCUCAGUACCGAAGCUAUUUCAUGGAGUGCCUUGUGGAUGCUCGGAUGCUGGACCACCUGACCAAGAAAGACCUGCGGGGGCGGCUGAAAAUGGUUGACAGUUUUCACAGGAACAGCUUCCAGUGUGGACUUAUGUGCCUAAAAAGGUUAAAUUAUGAUCGGAAAGAACUGGAAAGAAGAAGAGAAGAAAGUCAGGAUGUAGUUAAAGAUGUGCUUGUUUGGAGCAAUGAUCGAGUGAUUCGCUGGGUCAUAUCCAUUGGCCUUAAAGAAUAUGCAAACAACCUCAUAGAGAGUGGGGUUCAUGGCGCACAGCUGGCCUUAGAUGAAGCCUUCGAUUACAACACAUUGGCCCUGUUGUUACAGAUCCCAACAGAGAACAGAAAGGCUCGAAAUGUCUUGGACAAAGAAUUUGCCGACCUUUUGGUCCUUGGGACUGUCAGACGUUUUGAUGUCGAGGAUGACAAACACUUUAGGAGAGCACCUUCAUGGAGAGAGAAGGUUAGAGAAAAGGCCAUUCACGGCAUGGCAACUGGGUCAUCAGAGACACUCCCUGCAAACUUCCGAGUCUCUUCUUCCAAGUCUUUCUGCUCUAUGCAGCCCAAUGAGAUCCAGAUGGAUGGCAGUGUAUCAGAAACACAGAAGUUGGAUUCUGCGACAACCAGGACUUCCUCCUGUUAAGCCUCCUGUUGUUUUCCUGCACUACUUCUACAGAUGAUAUGCAGCAUUUUGAAUCCAACAGAGACUACGUUUUUUAAUUCAGUCGAAUCGCUAUCUGUUAAUACUUGUUAUAUGGACUCCUAAGAUAUUUUAUAACAGAGUUUUUAAUUAGUGAAAAAUUCAUCAAUAACAUAGAGAAAAUAUUUUAGAAUUUAAUGUUUCUUCUAUUUUUGUAAACUUAGGACUUUUCAUUUAUAUAGUUACUUACUUUUUCAUCUAUGUUUAGGCUAUAAAUAUCUCUGGAAGCAAUUCAUGUUCUUAUAUCUAAUUUUAGUCUUUCAAAUGGAUGUACUGUAAUGCUUGUAUGUAUAAACCCUAUGAACAAAUACACGGCUUUUGUAAAUUGUGCACAUAUUGUAAUUAUUACUAUUUAACUUUUUAAUGAUAAGCCAUCCCUGAAAAAAUUAGUUUACUACACUUUUUUUUGUCUUUUUUGUUUUUAUCGGUACUAGGGAUCAAACUCAGGACUGCCUGCUUGCAAGGCAGGUGCUUAUGCCACUGAGCUAAAUCCCCAGCCCAGUUUACUACAUUUAUAAAAUUGUUGUGACAUAAGCAAUGUGCAUUAUCUUUCACCUUGCUCUACAUCAGUCAUUUUAAAAUCAGGAGACUUCAUUCCAAGCAGUUGUCAUAUUUUGAGGUUGACUGACCUUAACUGUUCUUUUUUUAGCAAGAAAUCAGAGUCUAAUAAAGUCGGGACUGAACCGUUGCACCAGAGCACUAUAGAACUUUCUUAGCACUGGUUCCCUUUUCCCCAUCCUGUCUCUGGACUUGGGGAGCUUGUUUUCAGAGACUUGACCAGAAGCCAUGAGCUUGGAGCUGCUCUCAGCAGGGCUGGAGUGGCCAGGGGUGGACCCCAGCCUGGCACCUUCCCUGCCUCUUUCCUGUGAGCAUGUGGAAGGUGCCUCCAGCUAUUCUUAGAGGACCAAUCACUGAGCACUGUGCUCACAUCUCACAGACAUUGGUGCAUGAGCAGAUGAGAGCAGGAAACCCUGAAAAUAAAGUUGUACAACUCUAACUAAUCAAGGCCUUAUUUUUCAUAUGUCAGUCACCUUUUUACAUUGGUUUAUAAACAUGUUUCAACUAGUCAUACAUUUUUAGAUUUUGAUGACAUAGCCAUUUUGGAUUGAACAAGUAGCAAAAGCAACUUGCUUUUCACUGGCAUAUUAAAAAGCCAGCAAGGAAGGAGUCAGAUCAGGGUGCGUGUUAUUUAUUGUGCAACUGAUACAUGGGUAGAGGCAGCAUGCCUUUUUAAUUUAGUUUAUGCAGGGGCUGGGGAUUUAGCUCAGCGGCAUAAGCGCCUGCCUUGCAAGCAGGCCGUCGUGAGUUCGAUCCCUGGUACCGAUAAAAACGAAAAAGACAAAAAAAAAAAAAAAGAAAGAAAAAAGAAAAAAAGAAAAAAAAAUAAUUUGGUUUAUGCAUACAAUUCACUUGUACAAUCCAUAUUACUGCCCUUUUUCUAUUAAUUUUUGUGGAAUUUUCUGAGUAUGUAACAAAGUAUACAGUCAUAUACAUAUAUAUACUUUUGAACUAUUUUAAUCACAGUAUUAUUUAUUGCUUUCUUUCAAUAAAGUUCUGAAUCAUU